GUGUAUCAGCCAGUAAAGCCCAUACAAAAUCCCAUUUCCUCUUUCUGAAACUUUCUGCCCCAACUUUCUCUUAACUGAACCCAUUAUUCCCCCUCACAUUUUCUAAUCGGAAUCUGUUUUUCAUGGCGUUGUUGAACUCGAAUUCGUCAUUGAGUUGAAUCAUUCACGCGCCAAACCACCGCAGAUUUCCAGAUUCUUUUUCUUCGACGUGUUUUCACUGAGCAUUGGUUUCCGAAGAAGAGCAAUGGUUUUGGAAUCGAUAUUGUUUUAGAGAUGGCCGGAGAUGGAUUUGGAUUCCCUGUGGAAUCUCAGGUGGUUUCGGUGAAGAAGAAGACGGCGACGACGACGACGAAGAAGAAGAAUACUGUAGUUUCCAGGAGCUGGGUUUCGUUGGACCAUGAAGGAAGGACUACGGUUUUGGACGUGGAUAAGUAUGCGAUUAUGCAGAGAGUUCAGAUUAAUGCGAGAGAUCUUCGGCUUCUUGAUCCUCUGUUGUCGUAUCCUUCCACUAUCUUAGGGAGAGAAAGCGUGAUUGUUCUCAAUUUGGAGCACAUCAAGUCAAUAAUCACUGCAGACGAGGUGCUGCUUAGAGACCCAAUGGAUGAAAAUGUAGUUCCAAUUGUUGAAGAAUUGCAGAGACGGUUGCCUUCCACAAAUUCCCUAUACCAAGGACAAGGGGAAGAAGAAGAGCCUUCCACCACCCAAAAUGAGUUGGCUGAAAACGAAUUUCCAUUUGAGUUUCGUGCCUUAGAGGUUGCAUUAGAAGCAAUUUGUAGUUUUCUUGAUGCACGCACAAGAGAACUGGAGACUGAUGCGUAUCCUGCUUUAGAUGAGCUGACCUCCAAGAUUAGCAGUCGUAACUUGGAUCGAGUGCGCAAGCUGAAGAGUGCAAUGACAAGGUUGACAAAUCGGGUGCAAAAGGUUAGGGAUGAACUUGAACAACUUCUGGAUGACGACGACGACAUGGCGGAGCUUUACUUGUCACGAAAAGUAGCUGGCACCCCUGAAAGCGGCUCUGGGACUCCAAUUUGGUUUCUUGCUUCUCCUAAGGACUAUUCAAAGAUGUCUAAAACAAGUAGAGCAAGUGCAAUUACUUUUCGAGGAGAGAAUGAUGUUGAAGAACUAGAAAUGCUACUCGAGGCUUAUUUUAUGCAGAUAGAAGGUACAUUAAACAAACUAAUCACGUUGCGGGAAUACAUUGAUGACACAGAGGAUUACAUCAAUAUUCAGCUUGACAAUCACAGGAAUCAACUGAUUCAGCUUGAACUCUUUUUGAGCUCUGGGACUGUUUGUUUGUCUAUUUAUUCUUUAGUGACUGCGAUAUUUGGAAUGAAUAUCCCAUAUACCUGGAAGGAAGAUCAUGAACAUGUAUUCAAAUGGGUGGUCAUCCUGACAGGAAUAGUUUGUGCAACCAUUUAUGUGUCACUAAGCUCGUAUGCACGAUCCAAAGGUCUCGUUGGAUCUUGAACAUUACGCUCAUAGUGUUUCCAUGGUUUUGAGAUAUUAUGAACUACUCGAAUACGAGACGAUUCUUGAAGUCUGUUGGGGAGGAUAUGGAAGUUGUAACACUCUGAUAUGUUACAAGAAGUCAAUGAUAGCUUAUGCUUGAGUCAAUACAUUUUUCAGCCAUGUAAUGUUUUUAAUAUCUUACCA